CUCUAAAAUCUGAAAUAGUAAAUAUAUUAACACAAACCUGUGGAAAGAAAUAUGUUACUUUUAGAGACUAGUAAAAGAUUUUUCGAGAAAAAACAAAAUAAAAGCACAUGCCAAGUGCAAAGUGAAUAUCGGACUGUUUCAGCCCAUUGUAUCAAGAUGUAGAACUCUUAUGUUAAGUCCAAGGCUUUGUAAAGAUGAAGAAGAAAAUGAGACUGAAGAACCUACAUCACAAGAUGACCAGGGAGCCAAAAAAGAGGGUGUAAAAAUUAUAGACGUUGAUACAAGCAUUCGAUAUCUAAAUAGCAAAGCUUUUACACAAGGAUACGGAGACAAACCUGUUUGGUUUUAUUACAGACGUAAUUUUAAAGGUCAGAGGGCGCCUCCCACACGCAGAAACUGUAAAAUCAAAGGUGUGAUUAAAACAGCCAGCCCUUGUCCAAUCUGUAGAGAUGAAUAUCUUGUGUUAGACAAAAAGAAUACCAAGUUAUUAGAGCAGUUCAUAUGUCCACACUCUGGAGAAAUUCUGGACACUAUGAAGACAGGUCUAUGUCAGCACCAGCAUAAAACAUUAACCAUAGAGAUCAUGAAAGCUUGGGACGAAGGUGCCAUCGAAGUGACUUUACCUUUCCGUACCUAUGACUAUGAAGAUUACAAGAAAUAACUAGUGUAAAAAAGAUUCUUUUGCUGAAUUUGUAUUAAUUAAUUUAUGCUGUAAUAAAUAUAUAUAUAUAUUACA